AUGAGAUUAAAUUUUUUAGAACAGCUUUAAGACUCUUAAUAAGAGAGAUCUUGUAUUUCUUUAUAAAAUAUGGUUGAGACCCUGAAGGAUCCAGAUUUUAUAUAAAAGCUUAAAUAGUGCUAAUAUGUCUAUGAAUAAAUUGAAUUAUUUCCUUUGGUAGGUUAUGGUAUUACAAUCACUAAAAUAAAAAAAAAUUCAGAAACUAAAAUAAAAGUUAAGCAGUUUUCCAAAGUUGAGAGAAUAAUAGAUGAUAGCUAUUUAGAUUUAAAUAAAAUGUCAAGAAAAGAAGGAAUGGCAAACUGUAUUUUGCCUUUAUUAUCAUCAUAAGAAGGAAACACUGGAUUAUUAAACUGCGAUCUUUUUAAAAGAAAGAUCUCUUACUUAGUGCAUCAAAAAUUAGAUUCUUAUAAAGAAGACACAUUUUGUUAGUUACUUUAAGCUAGUGUUCAUCAUAUAAUUAAGACGGAGGGCAUUUAAUCUUGGGGGUAGGAGAUUAUUUUUCUUAUAUUUGAAACUUGCAAGUAGGUAUUUAUUGGAACUCCAUUAUAUUGCGAUUCUGUUGUUUCAUAAAAGUUUAAGAAUUCUAAGUUUUAACUUCUAAGCUUAUUCUGUUAAUUUACCAUGGGAACAUUAACAUCAGAAGAAAUUUUUGAGAAUUAUAUUGGACCCAAAGUGAUUCUACAGAAAUAUUAGAAGUUCGAUGAUGAUAAAAUCUAAGGUUUUUUUGAUAAAUUAAAGUUUGAAGGUUUAGAUAAGAUUUAUUAGAAUAUCAAUUAAUUUAUCGAAAAUUAUUUAAGGGAAAACAAUUAUUUUAUCAUAAAGUUAACAUAAAAAAAAAUUAUAUAAGGACUCUUAGAUUACAUGAUUCCAAAAUGUCAUUAAUGGGCUUUUAUAGAGAAACUUGAGUAUGUUUAAGAAGAGUUGAUGGAGUUAAGAAAAUUGAAAUAUUUCACGAUCUCAUCAAUGUUCACGAAGCUUUUAAAUGAUCUAUUUGAGGAUUAUACUGAUGAAAAGAAAAUUAAAUAUUUUGAAUCCUUCUGUCAACAUUAUGAGGAAGAUCAUGAGUUUUCAUAUCAAGUUUUUCUGAUGAAACACGAAAAGUAUACAGAUAUUUAUGAUGUUUAUGCAUUAUAUAAGGAAAACAGAGAAAAAUUUUAAAGUUAUAACUCUGAAUAAAUAGAAAAGUAUUAGUCUAUAGCUAUUCGCCUUAUUUUAAAUAAAAUACCUAUGGACUAAAUCAAAAGUAAAAACCCUGAAAGCUUUUUGGACUUUUCUUCCUUGAAAGAACUAGAAAAAAUAUAAAAUUAUUUAUAGAUUUUUCAAAAAAUCUUUCAAGUUGAAAACGCACAAACAAUUCAUAAUAUGAUAAUUGAGGAAAUUAAAAACCUGACUUGGUUGAAUUAUUUAUCAUCAAUUACUAAUUUUAAAGAAACCAAUUCAAUAAAAAAAUUAUUAGAGAAUUUUUUAUGUCAUUUAAAAAUUUGGAAACCAAAAUAACAAUAAGAUGUAUGUGCAAAGAAUUUAAUUGAAUAUAGACACGAAUGCUAAGAUCAAUUCAUUUAUUUAAUUAAUAAUAACUAUAGGAUAUUAUGA